AUGCACCGGAUCAUGGCCUCUGCAGGGCAGCACGUGUCGGCCUUGAAGGUGGCGUGCUCCCAACAGCGCAGCCUCAAUCAGCCAUCCUUGCACCGUGUGCUUGGCAUGCCGCAGCUCCGCGGGCGAAGAUUCGUCGUGGGCGAGGUGAGCCGCAACUCGUUUGAGCUUUUGGAGCUAAAGCGGAUCCCGAUCUUGACCUUUGAUGCUCGGAAGGGCAUGCUCGAAACUUGCAUAGCGCAUGAGCUGACGAACGGCUUCUCCGAGAUCAGCAUUGUCGGCAUGACUAAGCGUGGCAGCGAUGGAAAACAACACUACAACAUCUUCAGGGAAACAGAGAUCGUCGUGGUGGGAGAGCGCGCUGUCGCCCUGGAGAAGUCCGGCGACGAGAACUGCUGGAAUCCUUCCAAGCAUGGCCUGCAGGAUGUGGCUGACUCCGACGACUCGGUCCUUGAAGGCGGCGUCCUCCUUUGCGGCUCCAGAGCUGUGGACCUGUCAACUGCACCGACGCCGGGACACGGGGGCUGGGUGACUCUCGCGCUCGACGUGGCUGGUGCUCCCGCGUGCGAUCGAAUAUUGAGGUGGCGUCAGAGCCUUUGCAUCGUUGGAUCCAAAUGGCGCUACCACGACUGGUGCUACGAGACCUUCAAGUUCAAAGCGCCGCAAGCGAAGGUGCCGGCUCGACUCUCAUCUCAGCCUCACUGCCACGAGCGGGACGUCCUGUGGGUUGAUUUCUGCGACCAGGUCGAGGGCAAGUUUUGGCCGGUGUCACCAGACUGGGCUGAAGCCGAGAGUGGCUGGGAGCAGGUCCAUGCCAAAGGAGCGGCAGUUCUGGCCUUCUGUCGACACUUGGGUUGCUGGUGUCUUUUCGCCGACCUUUGGACCUUGGACUGCCACCUGUACCAGCUGGAGCACGCUGUGGCCGACUCUGGGCUGAAGCCGCGCCCAGAGGGCGACACGCAGCUCCUGUAUCGGUGCGUCGGACCGUCGCCCCUCGGUCGCUGGGAAGCCGUUCUUGGUCCCGAGCCUGCGCCAAACGUCCGCGUUUGGAAGCCAACUGCGACUGCGAAAGUGCCUUCGAGCGCACAUCCCAGCAUGCUGGAUCAAAUCCUGGUAUUCCUUCUUGAUUUUGAGGAGGUGCAGUGGCGAGGUUACGUGCACCGAAAGAUUCUGCACGGCCUCAGUGCCGCACAGAUUGGAGCUCGCUUAUUCUGCAUCAUCAAUGACUGCUGCAACAUUCGUGCGGUGUCUCGCUUGUAUCUCGCGGCUGGGUCGCGCUGCGCUUGCCGCUGGAGCUCUGCUCUUCGCAGUUUACUUCAGCUACCGACGAGGCCAAGGGCACCCGCUGUGCACGCGGCACGUGACUCUGUGGUUCCUGCCGUGGUGGCGGGUAUCCGGCUUUUUUCUGCCGACAUCCUGAGAUGCUGCAUGUCGAUGCUGCCCGAUGAGAGUGUGGCUCAGCUGGAGCAGGCUGCGCUGGCCUUUGCCAACUUGCUGGGGACAAGCCGGCGGAGAGCUGUUUGCUGGGAGCGGUCCCUACAACCCCUUCGGCAUGCCGCGGCCGCAUUUCACGCCACCAGCUGCUCCUGGUUCACGCCACUAGAUGUGGCCGACCAGCCAAGCUUUCAGGCACGCUCCUGGGCGGCCUCCAUCAGUGCUGUCACUGUGAGCACGCGAGUUGCUGGAAUGGCCAAGUGGAACUGCGACGAGUGCAAAGCGCUUCACCGGGCAUGGGCGUCAUGUGUAAGGUUUGCCCAUUCCCUUCUGGACCAGGUGCCUGUGUGUUGGAACCGAGAGGCCCGCAGCAACACGGAGCGUCAGUCCUCCCAGAAUGGCGUGCCUCUUGAGACAGUUUUUGCUGGGAACUUGGUCAACACUCCUGCGGCCCUGAAAGCGCGUGGUCAGCUGCUGCUGGAGAGCGGCCAGCUUCACCGCCUAGAUGGGGUCCUUUUGGAUCAACAGGCACUUGUGGCCUUCCAACGCAUGAGAAGCUCUCUCGAGAAGGGCGUUGCGGUCAAAUUUCUUGGAUGUCGGCGCGGCUACUGCUCCCAGAGGCUUCUACCAGGGACGAAUCGGUGUCAAUGGGCAGCCUUCGCUGCGCAAGCGGAGCUCUCCGAUAACCACGACGAAAGCACCUGUCCCAUUUGCAGUGACAGUCGCGGCUGGUCGCAGCUCCAUUCCAACCUGAUCUACACGUUUGAGUACUCGGGCUUGCCCUGCGCAUACGAGUACGAGCAGCGCUACGAACACGCGGAGCCUUCCAGAAUCAGCUUGAUCGUGCAGGUCUCAAUCGAGGCAUUUGUGGUGCCGUUUCUGUUCAUGUCGACAGAUCGCCCGCUGCAGUAUAUGGAGGACGAGACAACGGAGGUGUCCUCUGUCAAUUGGUCCCACACAUUGACAGACAGCAACCCGGAGGAUGAAGAGCAGAGCGACGACCUUGACGACUUCUUUGACCAGUCCGUGGUUGUGUGGCAGGAAAGGUGUAGGUGUUUCCUGCUUGGAAUUGACCAACGGAAAGUGAACAGAGUCGCCAACCAUCCACAUGCAAACUUGAGGGGUGGGGGAGAGGGUUCGCCCUUGACGGUGCAGGUGGCCCCCGCUUCAGCACCUGCGUGGCGACGACUUGGCCGGGCCAUGCGAAGCAAGCUCGUUCCAGAGAUGCAGAGCCGCUGGGAGGUGGAUGUAAAAGACGUGCAGCUCGAGUUGCGCACAGACCGCACUGGUCAUGGAAUCUCACUGCGCAUCGCAAAGCUGGCCGUCAAUCGGGACCCCCUGGGAGGAUCAACAGAAGUCAAUCUCGAAGGAAUUACGGCUGAGCUUGUUUCAGUCACUGGAGGUACCUGGGGCUUCGGUGCUGCACCUCUGCUCCAACACCUCGGACUGUCAGCCACCCUGGGCUCAGGUGCGGGACGAGAGGAAGCAGCUCGUGAAGACCACGAGGACAGUGCCCGACUCAACAUUGUUCUCAGCGAGGCUUCCGGGGUGCAGCCUUCUCUGGCAGCCAGCCCUGGCGCAGUGCAGGUGAUCAAGGACCUGGUGGAUGCUUACCUUCAAGGGACGGCCGCCGGUGCAUCAGCCCUCCGCUCGUCAGCUUUGGAAGGGCUCCUUGCAGCCCCGAGAGUGACGCCAGAGGCUUACCAGGAGCUGCUGAAGCUGGAGAGACUCCCGACACGGGAGGAGCUGGCCCAGCGCCACUUCAUCGAGGCUGUUGCAUCGGUGGCUUGGUUGGCGGAAUGUCAGGUUCGUGCCAAAGCUUUGGCCACCCGUUCAGAGGACGAGGUAAUAAGUUUGGAUGCCUUCCUGGAGGAACCAGACGAUGCAACCAAGCCGCAGCGUUUCUCGGUGAGCGUCAAGGUCCCAUCUGUGGCCGCCUCCUGCACUUCAGUAAAGCGGCCUCACCAGCCUGGUUUGAGCUUGAUUCUCAAAGGCGCCUCUUUGGACUUGCGGGGCACGCUGCCAGCUACCUCAGUGGAGGCGGACGGCCUGCCCCAGGACAUCGUCGUCGAUGCGCAGCUCGAGCAUCUGGCCCUGCGAGUGACGACGGUGCACAGGGACGAGGCGACGCCCCCUGGCCUGUUCUACAGCCCUGCCAAGAUGUCGGAAUUAACCAAGCCGGGCAUGACACCUGCUGCAUUGACGGUCAUGACCUACAAUAUUCUCGCAGACGAGCUUUCCUCGAAUUUGGUUCCCCGCACAAUGGAGGAGCCCUCCGCAGAGACCCUGAUGCAAGUUUUUGGUGAGGACUGGAAGGUCAAAUGGCCUGCUCUGACGAAGGCUUUGAAUGACGAGUACAGGAAGUGGCACCCCAUGAAGACCUGGAUCGUCGAUCCGGAGGGGCUGAGGAUCAAGUCCCGAGGACUUUGGGACAAGGAAGACCUGACGAAGCUGUUUAGUGAAGGCUGGAAGCUCGACGGCGUGCAGGUUGAGGAUGCGGUGACCCUGGACGGUGGCAAGACAUUCCUCGGAGUUGCGCGUCAGCAUCUCGACGAGGUCAGUUGUGAGAAACUCUAUGCAGCACUGCAGAGAGUCCAAUCGGAGUCGAGGGCGUGGCAGGUUCGAGGUCCCAGAAUCCUCGAGAAGAUCGAUGCCAUUCAGCCAACUCUCUUGGCCUUGCAGGAGUAUGACGUUCAGGCUGAUGACGUCUACUGUAGGCUAGAGAAGAACAUUGCAAAUCUGGAACGGCGAAUGCGCGAGGAGUUCAAAGCGGAGCUUGCGCAGCGUCUGAAAGUCCAAUCGAUUCGGCUCGAUGCCUUUGAGGCACAGCUCCAGCGCUUGCAGCCGAGGUCCGCGUUGUUGCAGGAUGUCAACCAGGACGAAGAGUCGAACAAAGGCCGCGUACAAGGUGAACCCGUGCAAAGUGAGCUUUUCCCAGUCGCGCCUGUGGUACGGGAGGCUUGGGCGGAAGACGCGGAGGCACAAGAGGUCGCUGUCACGAUUGCCGAAACCGAUCCAAUGGAGCCCGUGGCAUUCUUGGAGACUUCCUGGAAUCUGGUGCUGGUGCUCGGCUACACCGGUGCAGGCUGGUGUGACGUGGUGAUUGCUUGUCUGCUCUUCCUGGCCAGCGUGGCCACGCAAGCCUUUUUCAGUUGGAUCUUGUUGAGUCCGGAAUUCCAGGGUGAUCCUUUCAGCCUGCAGAUCGAGAUUGCCACAGCCUGGCGGAGAAGCGUGGCACACGAUGCAAUGCACGUUGACCUUGCACAGACGAGUCUCAUCAGCCGGGUCUGCAACGACGACGGCGCUCUCAUCCUUUCCACAGAUCAGGCCUCACUGAUACGGCAGAUCAACUCGUUCCUCGGAUAUCAGAAAUCCACGGAUUUCGACCAAGAGGGUGCCUCUCGAACGGGUGUGUUGCUGGCCAUGCUCUGCAUCCUCCUGUGGUGCCUGUACAUCUCCAACGAAUUCCGCACCAUAUGGCUUUCACUGGAAGCCGUGGCCCAGCUUCCACUCAAGCGCAGGACUGACUUCCACGACGGGCGCUUCAAGGCUAUGUCACGGCCACGUUUCUGCGCCUACUUCUUCUUGCGCCUGCUUCGGGCAGCCAUCAGCGGAGCCCUGCUGUACGCAGGCAUAUUGUGGCUGGGGGCAACGACAUCGAUCAGUGACCUCAUAGUAAAUGCGGUUGCUCUGGGUGCAGUGUUGAGCGUCGAUGAGAUGGUCUUCGCCGCGCUGAUGCCCAAGAAGCUCCAGAUCAAGAUCCAAGACCUUGAGGCCAUCAAGAUCAGGUACAGCCGCUGCCGCAGCCAGGUGGAGGCGGUCUGCAUCAUGCUGGCCUUGGGAGGCAUCCUGGCAUGGUCAUAUGUCUACAUCGUCAAUCCACUUGCGCAGGACAUGGAAACAGUCAAGCGAGCCUACUGCUUUGGAAACCAGGACUUCGUGGUGGGAAUGAAUGAAGACAUCCAGCUCGUCUUUGGCCUACGGACGAUUCCGCACGCCAAUGUUUCUGGUAGAACCUUGAGUCAGCUGGCGGUAGAGAAGUACAUCUUCCAAGAGCCCUCGAUGCCAGCAGACUACAUCAGUUUUCAGAGUGACGUUCAGCGCUUUGACCGUAUGGUGUUGCAGACCAUGGAAGAAUCGGCCACAGGCUUUGCCUACUGCAAGGAUCUGGACACGCUGUACAUUCUGAACCAACCAGACGAAACAAUUGUGAACGAGUUCGUGGAUCUGUACAGACCCUACUUUUGGUCCGCUGCCGCGGUUCUCAACGAGCCGCGCAACAGCACGUGCUUGGACAUGGCCAGUCAUUGCAACGAUGCGGAGGCACGUAUGCUGCGGCAGGUUUGCGGCGUCACUUGUGGAUGCUCGGAUCCACGAAGUUACCCGGUUUACAAGGUGCCACACAAGGGCUGCAGCAGGAAUUGCUUGUCAAAUGCAGCCAGCCCAGAGCAGCCGAUCUGCGAGGACAUCGAGAAUGGAGCAAUGUGGAAGCAAUUCUGGGAUGGUUAUCCUACAGUGCUCAGCACGGAGAUCGGUGUGACGCUCGACUACAACUCGACCCUGGGUCAGUGGGUUCUGCAACUGAUGGGCACCAUGCAGCAGUUUGGAUGUGCGGCGUUGGCUUUUCAUCCGGAACUGGCCAAGGAGCUUCCCACUGGGCCCCACAGCUCCUUCCGCGACGCUCUCGCCGCCAGGGGCUAUGAGGGCGCGCUCUUCCUCGGCCCCGGCCAGGAGAAAGUUGGAGUUGGCCUUUUCUGGCAGCGCGAGCGUGCAUCCAUGGUGGACACCUUUCCAAAGGACCAUGUCGUGCCAUGUGGUAUGGAGACAGGCUCUUACGGCAACGUCGACCUGAAAGAAGCAGGGCUCAGGGACAUGGACAGGCGCCUGGCCGGCUUUGUCAAGCUGACUGUAGAUGAGCUGCCCACUCUUUUGUGUGGCACUCACCUGAUGACAGGUUCACGCGACAAAGAGGGCAAGAUUCGUCAGCAGGAGCUAGUGACGAUUGCAGAUCUGAUGAAGGCGUGGGCAGAUCCUGGCGCAGGAGUCAUUCUUUGCGGGGAUUUCAACGUGAACUCCCGUGGAUUUUUGGAGGAGCACAUCUGGGAAGGAACUGGCUAUGUGCGAGACUCCGACACCAAGGCAAACCGUUUUUGCUGGCAGCGAAGUGGUGCCACACCACUCAUACUCCGCGACGCUUUCGAUUUCUGCUACGGGGAUGAGGCCUGCUCGUCGACUCGAACAGGCACGCGCCUGGAAACUAUCGACUACAUAUUUUUCGACGAGGAGGCUUACACUCUCUUGGACAGCUCGAAGCUGCGGUGUCCGGAGCAGCCAAUGCCGAAUGCAGAGGAACCCUCCGACCACAUUCCUGUUUGCGCCACUUUCCAACGAAUCGGCAAGUGA